GUCGUAACCCACCGGUUACAAAUGAACCUAUAAAAGAAGGAAGCCUAUUACAAUUUCGCAGUUUUGUAUCAAUUCCUCCAUUGGCGAGACAGUUACUGAAAAACGUAGGAGAUAAUGUACUGGUUGGUAGUUCUUUUCGUUGUCGUCAACAUUGCAGCUGCUGGGUACCCGCUCUCUGCUGGACUGAGGGCUUCUCCUCUGGUUCCCAUCCCUCAUCAGAGCCUAGGUCCGAAUGUAUUGAUUCCUCUGAACUAUGGUUCUCGAAACGGAUUGACGAUCGCCAACGCAGUAAAGCCUAGCGGAGGAGUACAACAGCACACAUCUGUCUCAAAGGACGCUUUGGGAGGCCACACAAUUGAGCACGCAGCUCACGGACAUCACACCAACCCCUAUACAGGAGCAGCGGACGUCAAGCACUCGGAGCAUGCCUUUCAUAUCAACCCUUAUCUCGGCAAGGCCGCUGCCCAUUCCAACGAUGCUACUGGAUAUCUGAGUCCCCUAUCUGGAUCUGCUGCUUAUCAGGAGAACAGCUAUGAUGCCAAAAUUGCUCCUGAUCACAGGGCAUUAAAAAAGGGCUAUGCGUCCGCUCAUGUCUCUCCUCAUGGAAACCACGCGAACCAUGCCGUCCACAGUGCCCACGCUGCUGCUGUGCCUGGAGGAGUUGUCCACGCCGCCCAUACGUCUCAGGCGGCCCAUGCAAACCAUCCUGGCUUAGGCGGUUACACGAAAUCUCAAGUAAGUGACGUUCAGGGACUGCAGGGUCACGGCUUUAGUGCCCUGAGCCAAGCUGCUCAGAAAACUCGUGCAUCUUACGGUCCCCAUGGUUUGUCUGCCGAGGUGAAACAGGAUGGUUACGCUGCUGACGACGUUUACAACGUUCACCUGAACUACGUUGCCGGAAAUGAACACGCAUACACCCACCAGGCUAGACGUGAUCCUCAUCUCGGCUAUGAACAAGUCACCCGCACUACUAAUACCGCCCACGCUGGACCAAUCUACCCUAGUCCUUAUGGUGCCCCCGCUCCUGUCCACCAUUCCAGCUACGGUUAUUCCCAAGCUUCCUAUAGUCCUGUUCAUGCUGUUCAUUAUGCACCCUACGGUCAUAAGAAAUAGAACAUUUGCUUUUAACCACUUAAUGUAACCCUAAAAGUUGGUUUAUGCAAUUAUGUCUUUUUUAUUAAUAACAGAAGUUCAAAUACAUAUCUUGAAUUUAUUUAAUUAUGUUUAAAAAGAUUAUUUAUUAGGCGCUAAUUUUCUUAUUCGUUCUCCACUUUUUACAGUUUGAAAACUUUACAGUUCUUGUUUUACAUCCUGAUUUUACAUUACCUACACCAGUUCUCAAGAUGUAAGUUAACCACAUCUCAAUAAUAAGAUACGAACAUUUGAAUAAGUAUAUUAAAAUUGAUAUAGUGUUACUAUAAUUUUCGUUAAAUGAUAAUAAAAGGCAAAAUGAUCCAGUUUUUAUGUAUAGAAAAUGCCAAUGUAAAGUUAUGACAUAUGAAUAUUUCCGUAUGAUGUUUUAGAUUUUCGUUCCCAGGGUUUGUACGAUAAUAAAGUAGUAAAACGACCAAUAACCAUUAAGUGAGUUAUAAAAAUACCGGUCAAACAUUAGAAACGAUCUGAAAAUAUUGAAGAAAUAAUGGAAUUUUCAAAAUAUGUUAUGGUAGUUUCUGUCGAAAGUUGUCCAAAAUGAUUUUGUAAUGAAGAUUGAUUAAAGUUCCUGUAAAUCAUACCUUUCUGAAUGACUAAUAAAA